AUCUGCAGGUUCAAAUAUUCAGACGAUCAUCCCCCAGAAAGCAAGACUGAAAAAUUGUAAUGACGGCAGCAUCGAUCCGUUAUCGAGUCAAACCUAAGACCUUCGGGAUACAUAUAUACGCAUCAUAAUAAACGCAUUCCUGCCCUCUAUCCUCAACUUCUGUGGGAGUCGUUUCAGCUGCCAUGGAUUCUGAGUCAACAUCCAUACGACCCUUGAAUCCUCACAGUGACAUCGAGCUGACGACGUUGGAACAACAAAGGAGUGAUAUUUCUUUAUCAUCAGAGCAACCUGGGGCGUCUGUGAAUGUGCAGGAACUUCCUCCUGUUGACGAAGGUCGUAAAGCAUGGAUAUUUUGCCUCUCGGGAUUGUUACUUGAAACUAUGGUGUGGGGAUUCGGUUUCAGUUAUGGAAUCUUUCAGGCUUACUACACUUCUCACCCUCCAUUCGAUAAAGCCUCCCAUAUUGCGGUUGCUGCCGUAGGUCCAACAGCUCUUGCGAUUGAGUACGGAGCGGGUAUUUUCCUAGCUUUCGUCUACGGCCGGUAUCCAGACCACAUGAAGAAGUCUAUGUGGUUUGGCCUUGUUCUAAAUAGUAUGAGUUUAAUAUUGUCUAGCUUUGUGAACCAGGUUUGGCUAUUAAUCGCGCUCCAAGGAGUCGGACUUGGUAUUGCUGGGUCUUUGCUUUACUGGCCAGUCAUUUUUCUAGUAUCCGAAUGGUUUGUUCAGAGAAAGGGGCUUGCCAGUGGAAUCAUCUUUGCUGGGUCUGGCAUCGGCGCAGGAUUCAUUUUCCCAUUGAUUGUGAACGCAUUGAUGGACAGUCUGGGUCAUAGAUGGACAUUGCGCAUUUUGGCAGCGAUUCAAGCCGUAUUCGGUGGCAUUGCGCUCGUAGGCGUUUGUCCUCGCAUCCCUCCCAUCAAAUAUCGUCGGGGUCAAAGACGACCCCAAUUCAUUCCCCCGAGGCUGCAAUUUUUCAGUAGAAAAGUCUUUUGGACAUUUGCAACCACAACUUUCUUGCAAGCAAUGUCAUACUUCCCUGUUUCUCUAUAUAUUGCCGUAUUCACAGCGACGAUCUCUUCUCCGUUGUCAGCCACGAUCGUCCUAUCUAUGUUUAACUCAUCAGGCGUGGUCGGACAAAUCCUCAUAGGAUACCUCAGCGAUCGCUUCCCGUAUCCCUGGAUUAUGUUCGGUAGCACUAUGGGGAGUGCUAUUGCCGCCUUCCUCCUCUGGGGAUUUGCUGAUACGCUGGCUCGUGUCUUCGCAUUCGCUAUCAUCUUCGGCGGUUUGAGCGGAGGAUUCUCGUCCGUCACGUUCGCCGCUGCUACAGACGCAGCCAACCCUAAUCCAGAGCAAGCCGGUAUGGCGGCGAGCGCAGCAACUCUAGGGAAAGGUAUUGCUGCUGUCAUGGGGCCGAUUAUUUCCGGAGUGCUUUUGGAGGCGGGGAAAUCGGUAUCAAGUGGCCCAUAUGGUAAGUUUGGGUUCGGACCUGUGGAGAUUUUCGUGGGUUCUUGUGCGAUUGCUGGUUCUAUGUCUAGUCUUGCAGUUUUAGCUACCAGACCUCGGCCAUGAAUGCAUCUCUCCGAACCCCCUAACUUGGGUCGAAGAUUCACUUCAGUUGUUAUACUAUUUUGUCUUUGGACCUUCUGACCGAUGGGCUGAUGGGUAGAAUGUGCGCCAUCUCGAUCCAUAAUGACCGUUUCUACCUUCGUACAACCAUGGACAUCGAACUUCGCUAGUCGUCCAACAUUGACCAAUCUGUCCGUGUAUGGAACGAGGUAUUGACUCGGGGGUCAUCUUACCUGGAACAUACGAGACAACAGAGCGCAGAGUCGCCGCAGACUUGAAAUACAGUAGCGACCAGAUAUAGGUAAG